AACAAACAAAAAGCAAACAAAUUGAGAACACGGUAUAUAAAGGGGGUAUAACGGGCAUAAUAUUUCCGAGGUCAGUAUAUAUCCAACGUCAACUAAAUUGCAAGCGAUUGCGUCACACGACAACAAAGAUGGCCGCUGUUAAGAAAGCACUUGUUUUUGGAACCGUAAUUCGCUAUACAGACCGUGAACUAGAGGCCUGAAAGGCGAGCAAGGCCUACCGUGACACGAUGGCGAAUGAAAAUGAAAUCAUUCCCGUUCUGAAUGACGACAGAGAUGACUCCGAUAUGGAGGAGAUGUUUGAGUUACUCGCAGAUGAAGACAAAGGAAAUCCAGAGGAGCCAAACUUAGCACAACAGCUCACCAACUUCAGACAAGAAUGGCACCAAGAGCUGGGUAAAGCGCCCAUAGGGCCAGGGGAUAGCCGUGGCAGUCCAGCCCUCCGAGGUAGUCCAGCCCCAGGGUCUGAGAAGAAUGUAAAUGCAGCUAAAGGACAGGAGCAGAGAAAUGAUGCAGGUACUGCUCCGGUGAAGAGCAGUGGGGAUGCCAGGAGUAACAGCGCGAGUCCAUCACCAGAGUUGGAGGAUGAGACGGAUGUGGAGAUUUCUUCUCUCUUGACAGAAUCGAUAGAAGAAAAGGCCAAAUAUUUGUUCAUGCAAGGUGUGAAGCAUGAGAGGAAUGGCAGAAUGUAUGAAGCUGUCAUGUUUUACAAGCAAUCCAUGCAGCUUGUGCCAGAUGUGGAGAGUCGUGUACAAGAGAGUGAGGGAAACAGCCGCAGUGGUAGCAACCAAGCCUCUGAUGAUGAAGAAAAUAACAACAAUGAGGUGAAGGACAUGACCAAUAACAACGAUGUGGCGGAAGACAUGACUGAUGACGGUGGUGAUGAUAUCGAAGCCUUAGCCAUCAAGCUUCAACUGAUGACAACGAAUGAUCUCAGAACCUCCUGUUCAACAAAGACUCCUCAGACUGCGACCCAUGUCUCUGCCCUGCCAGUAGAGAUCCUCCUCUGCAUCUUCCGAUGGGUCGUGACCUCUAACCUUGACCUGCGAUCUUUGGAGCAGCUGUCGAAGGUGUCUCGAGGGUUCUAUGUCUGCUGCAGGGAUAGUGAGAUAUGGAGGAAGGCAUGUGUGAGAAUGUGGGGCAAGAUGUCCUAUCUGAUGAAGGAGUACGUCUCAUGGCGCGACAUGUACAUCCAUCGCGCUCAUCCUCACUUCAACGGUAUCUACAUCAGCCGGGUGACGUACAUCAGGCAAGGGGAACCCAGUAUGGACCCAUUCUAUAAACCUUGGCAUGUUGUAGAAUACCAUCGCUUUCUCAGGUUCUUUCAAGAUGGUACUAUCAUGAUGGCUAGCUCAUCCGAGGAUCCACAGAGUAUUGUGAGUAAGAUGCAUAAGAACUACAAUCUUCCCGGCAGGAUGAUCGGACAAUUCUGUAUCGAUGGAGACAUAUUGACUGCUGUCCUUAAAAAGGAUAAGGUACAAAAGGAGCUGGACACAGGCCGACGUUACAUGAGACACCGCAAUGCUAAGGAGAACCUGCCCGACUCUGAACAGACCUUUGAAUUGGAGGUGGCUGUUACUAGCUUCGGUCGCAAGCCGAACAUGAAGUUAGAAUGGAAACGCUAUGCUUGUCACACUCGAUACAGGUCCACUGGGAAUGAGAACACCACCGAGUUUGACAUGAGCCGUCAGUUCUGUCCCUACUACUUCUCCCGUGUCAAGAGCUAUACAACUACAGCUGAAACCCCUCUCUAGGCUAGCUGCCAUCACAUGACCUGCUACUGUAUCAGGUGACCAGUAAGUGUCAGGUGGUCAGUCACAUGUUGCAGCCACCUCACAUGGUUGCAUAGUUCAUAGGUCCUUGUACCUAGUAUACUGUAGGCCUUUUUAUGUACUAGUGUUUCUUCAAACAGUCGACUUUGUCAUUUUUGUACUUUGAAGUGGCUAUGAAAAAAAAGUCCACAUCAUGCCUUGUCUUUUAAAAAUGGAGUGGAGACCUGAUUUUAUUGGACAUUUUUUUUCUUUGAGAUGCAGAAACUUUUACCUCUAUUUGUAUGUUUGUUUUUAUCUUAAUAUGGAUGCCCUGUUAUCAAAAUUAAUUGAAAGUUACAGCUGAUGCGGAAGUAGCGUUUUCAUUUCUCCGGCAUUGGUCUUCAUUGCUGUGUAGAUAAGUAUUGUAUUGGCAGUGACUCGAUCACCAAGAACUUGUUCAAACUUGAUAAUGUUGGCUAAAGAAUGUUGUUUGUUGAAAUUUAUUACUAAUACACAUGUGUUAUACAUACAGGGGCAUGGGUUAUAUCGUUCACGUCAUGGGUUUUAGGGUUUACUUACUUAUUUGGAGAAGGAUUAAAUAGAGUAUUACAUCUAUUUUUUCAAGACAAGAAGGUCGUACAGAAAAUGGCAAGUAACUAUUAAUUUUACUACAACCUUAUAAUCUUGGAAUGUGUUUCAAGAUAGUUGCCUGAAUAUUUCCUCUUCUUUUUUUCUUUUUUAAAAGUUGAUUGAUAUUUGUACAUAGAUGUAGAAAGCUCAGUUGGCUUGUUUCAGAAUUUUUUAGGCAAAAUAAGCCCUUCUGAGUAAUUGAUCAUGUUACAUACUGCUUGCAGUACAGGAGAUUUACCAACAAAAUAGUAUCAAGCAAAAACGGAAUACAAUGCAUUUUCAACACUUUAUGUAAGUUUUUUAUUAUUUUAAAUACUCUUCAACAAUAAAAAA